AUCUCCAUCUUGUCAUCUUCUUCCUUUGUUCUGCUCAACGUAUACAGUCAUAAUUGCUCAAGCUGACAACGCAAGUCGCUUCGGUCUGGCGGUUCUCUUUCACUCCCGUCCUCGCCAGCCAUGGCGGUCAGCUACCUGAGACCACAGUUGAUGCGGUCCUCUAAAGCUGCCUUUGAGUGUGCAUUCUGUGCCACUCGCCGCGCCACCUCGUUCCCUCGAACUCGUCUCCCUAGCCGCCUGUCCCUCCCUAUCUCCAGAUCGUAUGCCACCGUCAAUUCCGGCGAUCCCAAGCCUCCCAAAAAGGAACCCAAAAACAAAAAGGACAAGCCCAAUGCCUCUUCGGAGCAGCAGUCGCCCGGCCAGAAUGAGACUCCGCCAAAGGGUUCCGAGGACUCUAGCGCCACGUCGAGCCCCAACUCUCCUCUGACCCCCAAAGAAAUCGAUUCUCUGAAUGAACUCGCACGCCUGGUCAAGAUGGGGUUGCCAAAGUCGCAGGCGAGUGAGGUGGAUGAAGCUAUCGAGUUGUUCAAGAAGAGUGGAAUUCCCAAAGAGGUACGAGAUUUCUUGGAUGAGCGCGAGCAAAAUCCAGGCAAACGCUUAGACCUCGCCACCACCGUCCGCCUUGUAGGUGUCCUCACCAAGAUGGCUCGCAUGACCCCAGAAGAACUACGAGAAAAACAUUCUGCGGCCGCACAUACCCAGCGACCCAAAAAGGCCGAGGCGGAAGAUCAAGAGGAAGAAACUCCGCUGUUUGACCAAUCCAACAGGAGUCGAGAACGAGACCAUGGCAACAAGAAGAAAAAGUCCGAAGGCACAACCAAGGAAUUCAGUCUCAAGCUCGACGCCGGUACAACUCUGAUCAGCGCCUUUCUUGCAUACUACUUUUACCAAAGUUUAUUCCCUAGCGAGGCCUCGCGAGACAUUACCUGGCAAGAGUUCCGAACCACAUUCUUCGACAAAGGUCUGGUGGAGAAGCUUACCGUCAUCAACCGCAAUCGAGUCCGCGUCGAGUUGCAUCGCGAGGCCGUGGCCAACCUCUAUCCAGAGUCUCCUGCUGUGCGGCCCAACUUUUACUACUACUUCUCCAUCGGAUCCGUCGAAGCAUUCGAGAGGCGAUUGGAUGAAGCUCACCAGGAGCUUGGUAUCCCGAGCAGUGAGAGAAUCCCCGUGGCCUAUUCGGACGAGAUGCCGCUGAGUGCCGCCAUCUUUUCCUUUGGACCAACGCUUCUGUUUGUGGGUGCUCUGUUCUGGCUGUCCCGAAGAGCCGCCUCAGGAGCAGGUGGUCAGAGCGGCAUCUUCGGCAUCGGCAAGUCACGAGCCAAACGCUUCAACCAUGAAACCGACAUCAAGACCAAGUUUGCUGACGUUGCCGGCAUGGAUGAGGCCAAGCUCGAAAUCAUGGAGUUUGUUUCCUUCUUGAAAGACCCGUCCAAGUACCAGAGUCUGGGUGCCAAGAUUCCACGAGGCGCCAUUCUUUCCGGCCCUCCUGGAACUGGUAAGACACUGUUGGCAAAGGCAACGGCUGGCGAAUCUGGCGUCCCCUUCUUCUCGGUGUCGGGCUCCGAAUUUGUAGAAAUGUUUGUGGGUGUCGGUCCGUCGCGAGUACGUGACUUGUUCGCAAAUGCACGCAAGAAUGCUCCCUGCAUCAUUUUCAUCGAUGAAAUCGACGCUAUUGGAAAGUCCCGUGCCAAGUCCAACUUUGGUGGCGGAAACGAUGAGCGUGAGUCGACUCUGAACCAGAUCUUGACCGAGAUGGACGGGUUCAACACGUCAGAACAAGUCGUUGUUCUGGCUGGCACCAAUCGACCCGAUGUUCUCGACAAGGCCUUGAUGCGUCCAGGGCGGUUCGACCGGCAUAUCGGAAUCGACCGACCCACCAUGGACGGACGAAAGCAGAUCUUCCAGGUUCACCUGAAUCGAAUUGUGACGCAUGUGGAUAUGGAGUAUCUCACAGGCCGACUGUCGGCGUUGACUCCUGGCUUUUCCGGUGCGGACAUUGCCAACUGUGUCAACGAAGCCGCACUCAUCGCAGCACGUGCCAACGCCACGUCCGUGGAGAUGAUUCACUUUGAACAGGCCAUCGAACGGGUGAUUGGCGGUUUGGAAAAGAAGUCCCUGGUGCUUACACCAGAGGAAAAGAAAACCGUGGCGUAUCACGAGGCCGGGCAUGCGAUCUGUGGCUGGUUCUUCAAAUAUGCCGAUCCUCUUCUCAAGGUCUCGAUCAUCCCGCGCGGCCAAGGGGCACUAGGAUACGCGCAGUAUCUCCCGGCCGGUGGUGGGGACGUCUACCUGAUGAAUGUCAAGCAACUCAUGGAUCGGAUGGCGAUGACCUUGGGUGGGCGUGUCAGCGAGGAAAUCUGGUUCGACACGGUCACCAGCGGAGCGUCCGACGAUUUCAACAAGGUGACACGCAUGGCCACAGCCAUGGUGACCGAGUGGGGCAUGUCCGACAAGAUUGGGUAUCUGCACUACAAGGACGACGAGCAACGGCUGCACAAACCUUUCUCCGAGGAGACGGCGCGAAAUAUCGAUGCUGAGGUGAGGCGCAUCGUCGACGAAGCGUAUCAACAGUGUAAAAAUCUCCUACUGGAGAAGAAGACAGAACUCCAAGCGAUCGCAGAGGAGCUGUUGAAGAAGGAGGUCUUGGUGCGAGACGACCUGGUGCGGAUUCUGGGCAAGCGUCCGUUUGAGGACCAGGGAGAUUUCAGCAAGUACUUUGACAACAACGAGGGCAAGAGUGCACCACCUCCUCCUCCGACCGAGGAUAUUGGCCCGUCUGGAGGCAUCCCCGAAAACCCAGCACCCGCUUUCAAGAGGGUCGAGUAGGCGGAGAUGAUAGAAAUGCCCCCGUCUAGCCCCUGAAUAUCCGCUUGGAUUCCAAGUUGACACUCAUAGCCACAUCGGCGUUGGGUUGCACAAGGCGAGCAUGUACUAUAUCACCAAGCAUAGUGUCACGUGUAUAUAAUUACUCAGAUCUCAGUGAGGCAAAAAGGUGGCUGGAUAGCGGAGGCGACAGGUUACCGGAAACAUCGGGGUUUAGUCGCAUCUUAGAUAAGGAAAGACCAAGGAAUCGCCACUUUCUUUCACGCGCCAACGAAGCGAGGGCUUUUUCGGUGUUUUUUUGAGAUCAACUGUGUUUGUUGAGGGAGGAAAUGUCAUUCCCGGACAUGGUCCUGUCUCGAGACAUAGUAUAUUGACAAUGAGAACAUUGAAAACGCCACAGUAUUAAGGUACUGAACAGACCUGGUGAUAACGAGCUUGACCAUGAGACGUGUCAGGUCAGAUGAAUAUGGCCUAGCAUGGUAUAAAGGCGUGAUAUGAGUUGAUUUCAUGCUGACUGCCUGGAUUAUCCGAGAAAAUGACAAAGUGGACGAGGCUGGAGUUGAUGUGGCCCAGAAUCAUGACAUAUGAUUGGUUCAUUGCACUGCCCACCAUUGCUUAUUCACAGCACCGCCUCCGUCAGUUCACCAUCAAGUCUCUUCCUCACGGGAUAUAUAUCAAAG